GCUCAAACCCUUUCUCCUCUCCUCUGUUCUCUCUCGAUCUGAUACCAAGGAGAAGCAAAACGGAGCAAACCCUAAUUUUAUCAUCCAUCGAUCUCCUUUCCUUCUCUUUCUCUCGUUUCUACUCUCACCCUGAACAAGAAAACGACCAUGGAAAGGAGAGCAGAAACCCACAGUCUGCCUUCUCCUUUCAUUUCGAUUCUCCACUCGUCGCCGGCCACAGAAUAUGGUCCGGACCACCUCAAAUCGUUCAGAAGAAAACCGAUCUAGGUUUGGGGCGAUGUCAGUGACUUCUCGUCUCGGGGAAGAGAAAGAAAAGGGUCGCCGGAGGAACAAAUGUGACCGCAGUGUGGAGGAAAAGGGAUUCGCCGGCGUCAGAGGUGAAUGACCCUCGCGACGGCGACAAGGCGAGUGGAAACUCCGCGGAGGGGACGAAGAAGGCGAGAAAAGAAGAAAAAGAAGCCUGCUCCCUGUUCUUUUUGCAGAAAUUCGUUUGGGUGAAGAAGAAGAAGAAAAGUUUUCGGCAGGAAGUUUGGGAGAGAAGAAGAGAAGCUCUUUUGUUGUUAUUUUUAUUUGUUGUGUAUUCGAGGGUAGCAGUUUGGGGAUGGUCAAUAGAUGAAGAUGAAGAAGAAGAGAGGAGUCCCCCCGUUGUAAGUGCCCAAAGGCCUCUUUUAUAGAAGGAGGCUGCUUAUGCAGCAAGCAUGCUACAGUACCCAUUUUGGUCUGACCGGGUCUGGGUCAUUGGUUGGACCAUGCUUGGGUUUCGGGUCAGAUUGGUCAUGGGUUAGGUCAGAAUAGGUCAACGGGUCAGUUUGGUCAGCUUUGACUUUUGUUGACAGUUGGCUCUUUGGUUGGGCUUUGACUUGAGCCCAAUUUCUUUUAUUGAAUUGUAAUUAGUGUUUUGUAAUAGCAAUUAGUAGUGUAAUUAAUUACAAAUAUUAUGUAUUGUAACCAAAAUUUUAGUUGUUUAGCAAUGUAUUUAUUUUAAUAAAAUCGUUAUGACUUAACAUUUUA